AUGGAAUCAAGAAUUUACAAAAAAAAUUUGUCUUUGGGUUUUACACAAUCCAAACAUGAUUACUCUCUGUAUGUUAGAUCUGACAAUGGAAAAUUCUUGAUUGCCCUGGUAUAUGUUGAGGAUGUGUUGUUAACUGGCAAUAAUGAAGAAGAUAUUGUCUCUGUUAAAGCUGCUUUGGAUGCAAAAUUUACCAUUAAGGAUUUAGGCCCCGCAACAUAUUUUCUUGGUAUUGAGAUAUGCAGAACUGCCAAUGGGACUUAUUUGAAUCAAAGAAAAUACAUUCUGGGUUUACUCAAAGAGUCUGGCCUCACUGCAGCCAAGCCUGCAGAUACACUAUUUCCUUCAGAUAUCAAAUUGAGUUUGACUUCAGGAAAACUCUUAGCUUCUGCAAAAAGUUAUAGAAGGCUUGUUAGACGACUUCUUUAUCUAACUAUGACACGUCCAGAUAUUUCUUAUCCUGUUCAACAUCUUAGUCAAUUUGUAUCUAAUCCUACUGAUGAACAUAUGCAAGCAGCAAGACACCUUCUUCGAUAUUUGAAAGGAACAAUUUGUGAAGGUUUAUUUUACCUUGUGCAACAAAGCUUACAAUUAACAUGGUUUUCUGAUGCUGACUGGGCCUCUUGUGUUAUGACUCGUCGAUCUCUUACUGGUUAUUGUAUCUUUUUGGGACAUUCUCUUAUCUCUUGGAAAACAAAGAAACAACCAACAGUUUCGAGGUCUUCUACUGAAGCUGAGUAUCGAAGUAUGGCGGCUACCACAUGUGAAUUACUCUGGUUGAGCUACCUUUUGACAGAUUUACAUGUUCCUGUCAAGCUUCCAAUUACUCUUUUCUGUGAUAACAAAUCUGCGCAAUUGAUAGCUGCUAAUCCUUGUUUUCAUGAACGAACCAAGCACUUGGCCAUUGAUGUUCACUUCACUCGAGACAAGAUAGAAGAAGGAUUUUUACAAACUGCACAUAUUCCUUCCAAACUUCAAUUAGCUGAACUCAUGACUAAGCCUUUAACUCAUGAGCAACAUUCCAUUUUAAGUUCCAAACUGGGUCUUUCCGCGCCUCCAGUUUGA